AUGUACAUGGACCAUUGCGCAGCAUUUGGAACGUCCAGCACUCCUGGCAUUUUUGGCCACAUCGCAGAUGCUGCCAUAAAAAUUUUCCGCCAUCACGGCGUGCAGGAUCUCGUCAAGUGGGUUGAUGAUUUCGUGUUCUUCCACUACCCUGUCAGCACUAAUCCUGAUGGCAGCCAUGUCUUCUCAUAUGAUGAGUCCCUUUUCUUCUCCAUUGCCGAUCAUCUCGGCUGGCCAUGGUCUUUGACAAAACAUGUCCCCUUUGCUACCACUUUCAACUACAAUGGUUUUCACUGGCACAUCGCUAACCGAACGGUAAAAAUCCCCGAGAAGAAAAAGACAAAGUACGUUGGGAAACUAGCGGACUGGACUGAAGGUGAAUCGGUCACUAGGAAAGAGUGCGAGGGCAUCGUUGGAAUGCUCAACCACUGUUGCCUAGCCAUCCCAGAAGGCUGCUCUCACCUCCCCUCCUUCUACCGUCUUGCUGCAUCAUUCGAGUCAGCGAAAUCCAAGUAUGUUCAUCACCGCAUCACGGCGGCAUACCUCACCGAUGUCGCAUGGUGGCGCACUUGA